UCCUGGGAGAGGUGGACACUUAGGACCAGCAACCACCAAAUUCCCUGGAAGCACCGUGUUUUCCCGUCAGGAUGAGCCAUUCCUGGAACCAAUGCAGCUCUUCUGCUCCCAGAGGACCAGCAUCCUCCCUGUGUCCGGCACAGCGCCAGCCCUGAGAAGCCCACGCGCCUCUCUUUGGCUCUGCUCCCUCCAGCCUCCACUCAGGACCCAUGGACACAACUCCUGCCGUGGGGCAGGAGCUGCAAACAGCCCCGGGGUGGGCUGGGGUCUCCUGAAUGCACUGGGUGCCCUCAGCUGGACCCCACAUCCCCUAAUUGGGUGGCCCCAGCUUUGUCCCCCAUCCCGGUGUGACACAGGCUGAGCAGAGCUGCUAUUUCUGUCCUCAGCACACAGAUGCAAGCCUACUACAAAGUAGAAAACACAGGACGGGCUCCGGAGCAAGGUGGUAUAUGCCUCCUCGCCUUCCUCUCGUGGGGCUGGGCUUGUGCUCUGCACCGCUCUCGGUAUCGGGAGCAGCGCAUGUGGUCAAACCACAGGGUGUAGAACACAGAGACACUAACACCUCCAGACCCUUCAGCCAGGGGAAAGGUCCUGCUGCGCGAUGCAGGAGGAGGCGACUCCCAGCUCUGCUGUGACAGAGCUGACCCUCACCACCGACUUCUACCCAUGGGAUGACGGGUACACGUGGGAGAACCUGCUGCCUGAGCUCUGCGAGAAGCAGGUGGUGCAGGGCUUUGCCCGCACCUACCAGCCAGCCGUCUACUUGCUGCUCUUGCUGCUGGGCACCGUAGGCAACGGGCUGGUGCUGCUCACGCACACUCGCUACCGCCGGGCACACAGCAUCACCGAUGUCUGCCUCCUGCACCUCGCCUUGUCCGACCUCCUGCUGCUCCUGACGCUGCCCUUCGCCAUCACCGACACGCUGCAGGGCUGGUCCCCGGGCACGGCAGCCUGCAAGGCGCUGCAGGGCGUCUACGCACUCAACUUCUACAGCGGCUUCCUCUUCCUCACCUGCAUAAGCGUGGACCGCUACGUGGCCAUCGUGCGGGUGCCGGCUGCUUGCCGCCUGCGCCCGCGGGCUCGCCGCAACGGCUGGCUGACGGCAGGGCUGGCCUGGCUGCUGGCACUGCUGCUGGCACUGCCCCAGUUUGUCUACGGUCAAGCAGAACAGCACCAGGACCUUCGGCUCUGCCGUGUCGUCUUUCCCCAGGGGGUCUCGCGGGCGGCUCAAGGGGCCACCAACCUGGUGCAGGUGGUCCUGGGCUUUGCACUGCCCUUCCUGGUAAUGGUGAGCUGCUACGCGGCUGUGGCUCGGACGCUGCUGGCAGCUCGUGGUGCUCAGCCCCAUCGGGCGCUGCGGGUGCUGUUGGCCCUCGUGCUGGUGUUUGUGGCUCUGCAGUUGCCCCACAGCCUGAUGGUGCUGCUGGAUGCGGCCGAGCUGCUGGCCAGCUGGGAGCUGAGCUGUGCCCAGAGCCGCCGCAAGGAUCUGGCACUGCUGGUGACCGGCGGGCUGGCUUACCUGCGCUGCUGCCUCAACCCCUUGCUCUACGCCUUCUUGGGCCAGCGCUUCCGCCAGGAAUUGUGGCUGCUGGCAAGCGAUGCUGGAUGCGUGGGACCCCUCGAGCCACGCUGUCCCGGCUGCUCCAGUCCCCGUCAGCGGACUUUGCUCUCCACCUGCCAGGAUGUGGUGUAGGGAUGUGGUGCCCACAAUCGGGGCAGCCACCAGCACCCGGCAACUUGGCCCCUCCGUGCCUCCCUGGGGAGAGAGACUCGGUGCAUGGACCUGUCCUGGGCCUUGGGCAGAGCAGUCUGCCAGGGGUAGCGCCAAACAACCCGCGCGGUGCCCACAGCGCACGGGCAGAGCAGCUCUGCAGCACCCACGCUCCCUGCUAAGAGCAGCACCACGACGGGAGGGGACCCUGCGAUG